UCAUCAAUACAAGUUUAUACUUUAAGUGCUCUCUCUCUCUCUCUCUCUCUCUCUACGUACCAAACAAAUAAUCAGUCUAGAGAUGGAAGGCAAAACUGUGAUUUUAAGUGUGCUCAUAAUGAGUCUUGUCAUGGCGCAGAACCAAGUUGAAGCAAAGAUUUUUUGCCCGAGCACCAGUGCCAGAAACUCGUAUAACAUAUGCCGUCUUACUGGAGCCUCUAGGCAAACUUGUGCAAAAAUGAGUGGAUGCAAAAUUGUUUCUGGGACAACAUGUCCUCAGGGAUGUCUACAUGACAUUUUCGAAAACUCUGCUGAUGCUGUCAAUGAAUACUGCAAGUUGGGGUGUGCAUCCUCUGUGUGUGGUGCCUUAACCAUUCUCCAGAACUCCGAUGCAAGUGAAACUGUGAAUGGAGCGGUUGCACAAUGCACCAAGGCAUGUUCUAAUUUCUGCAGCAAGAACUCGGCUAAUGCAGUUGAAACUGCUUAAAAAGCAAUAUCCACGAUCUAUGUGUUGCGUGUGCUGUUGUUCUCCUCGUUUUCAAUAAUUAUCGUGUAUGUGACAAAAUGCUAUUUCCUGGUUUUCUAUGUAACGUAGAAGGUCAUCAUCGAUCCCUAGAUUGUUUUUCCCUUCUACUUGCUAUAUCUAAAUAAAGAGUAAUGUUUCAUU